UUUUGACAUUUCAGCAUUCAUGGUCUAAUUUUGUUGUAUCAUCUACCCAAAUCACAAGUGAAUCACUAAUGUAACAUAGAUAAUGUCCAGGAAAUGCAGUUGCCCUAGCUGCGAAAAAAAGCAAAAUGAGGAGAAAAGUACCACGACGACCAUUUGCUGCUGUGAAACAAAGAAAAAUAAACCUUUGAUGAUAAAGAUUCCACCUCUUAAAAAUAGGACUCGAUCGAAAACAACACAAAAUCCAUCAGAGUAUUCUGAAGAUUCGCCCAAAAAUGAUAUCUCCACAUUUGAUUAGCAUCUUUUUGACUGUUCAGCAUUCUUGGUCUUAUUUUGUUGCAUCAUCUACUCAAAUUACAAGUGAAUCACUAAUGUAGAUAAUGUUCCGGAAAUGCGUAUGCCCUAACUGCGAAAAAAGCAAAAUGAGAAAAGUACCACGACGACAAUUUGCUGCUGGGAAACAAAGAAAAAUAAAGCUUUGUUGAUAAAGAUUCCACCUCUUAAAAAUCGGAAUCGAUCGAAAACAACAGAGUCUUCUGAAAAUUCGCCCAAAAAUGAUAUCUCUACGACUGAUAGAAGGAGAUCGAACAGUCUACCUCGGAGUUUACCAGUCAAGAAAACUGCAAGUUCAACCAGUUCAACUCAUAGUUCACCAUAAAAAGAUCCGAAUGGCAAUUUUAUAUCCAGAACUGUAAGUGCUACUCCUCAGGUCCAGAAUAUGCAGAUAAAAAAAUCAGCCAUGAUGGACCCUCGUAAAAAACAGACUAAGACUAAAAAGCAAUUGUCAUCCAAGAAGUGGCUGGUCAUGGAAUGAUGUUAGAGCCAGUUAGCAGGAGUUCAAGAUGGAGAUUUGAUCCAACCGCUUCAAAAAAUUAUGAGGAUAACCAGUUGUUUUGCGGAGGAUUUUACGUUCAACAUUACUUAAAUGGAGGAAGAUGUGGCAUCUGUGGAGAUUCUUUCGAUGCCCCCCAUCCCCAAGAUAAUGAAAACACUGGACUUUAUGGCGAUGGAACAAUAGUGGCAGAAUAUAAGAACGGAUCUGUUAUAGACGUACAUAUCCAAAUAACAGCUAAUCAUAGAGGACACUUCACUUACAGCCUUUGCGAGAUGCCCGAUCCAAAUCUCCCAGAGCCUGGAGAGGAGUGUUUUGUUCCAUUACUUCUGGAAAAUAGCUCGCUACAGUAUGAAGUGAGUUCAACCGAGUUCCAAAUAUUUAACAGAAUUCGCUUGCCGAACAUUUUUUGUCCAAGAUGUGUCUUGAGAUGGACUUACACGGCAGGUAAUAAUUGGGGAGACUGCGGCAACGGUACCAGUGCAGUAGGAUGUGGCCCACAAGAAACUUUUGUAAAUUGCGCCGACAUAUCGAUAUUAUAACAACUGUGAUAUUAAUUAGGGAAUCGUGUUUGUAUAGAAUCAUUAUUUGCGUUUAUGUGAUAAUAUCUGUUGUAGUUUCGUUACAUUUUAGAAUAAACUAUCUACAAAAAACAUUAAA